AUGAGUGAGUUCAUAGAUAGACCGAGAUCAGAACUAACAGAACAAGAGCUAGCAAAACUAGAAGAAUUUGAAUUUUUACACGGUCCAAUGUCCUUGCUUAAUCAAGCCAAAAAGCAAAAUUCACCAGUAAUAAUUAGUUGUAGGAAUAAUCAUAAAUUAAUUGGUAAAAUAAGGGAAUUUGAUAGACAUUGUAAUUUAAUUUUGGAGAAUGUUAAAGAAUUAUGGACUGAUCAAGUAACUAAUGAGUUUGGUAAGAAGAAACAAGUGCCCAGAGAAAGAUUCGUUAGUAAAAUGUUUUUAAGAGGUGAUUCUGUUAUUAUAAUAUUGAAAGCUUGA